UGCUAAACUUGUCUUCGUCCAUGAACGGAUUCGGCGGGGUGCGCCGCUUCCUGGCAUCUGCCACGGGAGGGACUGGAGGGACUGCGUCUCCUCCUACCUCUGAGGCGCCGCUCAAGCCAGGUGCUCCAACAUGGCCUCCGCCACUGCCGUCCUCGGGCUCCAACCCUCCCUCACCAAUCACCUCGCCACUUCUUCUCAGGAAGGAAAAGCUGGAGGAGGCAGAGACCCCACGAUCUCCCGUACGUUCCAGGUCCCAGUCCAAGCGGCCCCCACUCAGCGGAUCGCCCAAACCAUCAUCUCCGUCGUCACUCUCCCGCAUGUCCUCGCCGAACACGAGGCCUGUGAGAUCUCGCACCGCGUCACAACCACCGGCUAACAGGCGCGACGAGCUUCUAAUCAGUCUUCUCGCAAGUGAAGCUGUUGUAGAUAGUCGGGAUUUCGAGAUCUUGAGCUCAGAGGAAGUUGAGGAACUAAAGAAGGAACAAUUGUCUCUCAUGACCCGUCAAGGCUCUUUGACCAAGAAAGUGACGCUUGAGACGAAGAUCCGUGACGCAGCUCUCUCACUCAGUAAAGUCAAUGCGUCUCACAAGACGGUGUCGAAACAAUCAGAAGAGCAGCUGGAGGCAUCGAACAAACGCGUCGCUGCUGUUCAGCUAGAGCUCCAGCGUAUCACGGAACGUACAAAUGAAGUCAACCGCCGUCUGCUCGAACACCGUGCUGGCGUGCUCAGUUACUCUGUGCGCUCCAUGGAACGCAAGAACGACUCCACGCAUAACGACUCUGGAUACACGACGCCUCAUCACAGCCCGAGCGGAUCGACCGUCACUCGUUUCGACGGCGCACACUUCUUCGCCGGACACGAGAGCAGCGUGAUUCCCAAUAGCAACAUUAGCAAGAUAGUUCCUGCGGCAGCCGUCAUGGAGCUCGAGGAGAAGCUCACCCGUGCUACUGAGGCACUUGCCGCUUCUAGUGCGAAACAGGCUGAGCUCGUUCGUGACCUUGCUGCCGCCCGUGCAGAAAAGGAAGCUGCCGAGGAAGUUGCUCGUGCCGAAGCAGACCGAGCUACGGAGGCCAAUCGGGCUCGGGAAGCUGCGCUCGCAGAAACAGAUAUUGCUGGCGCCGAGGAACUGCUACGCGCUCAGGAAACCAUCGCCGCCCUGGAAGCGGCCCGCCCGGAUGUUGAUGCAUUGAUCAAAGCAGAGAGGGCAAGAGCGGAUCAAGAGCGGGCAGAGUUGGUUCGAGGGUUCGACGAGGAGAGGGAGUCACUGACACAAGAGAGGAAUGCUGUCGAAGAAGAACGGCUGGAAGACCUCGCCCGUCUGCAGGAAGAAUCGGAUCGAAUUCGAGCCGAGGAUACCGCUGCUUUGAAACUUCUGCAAACAGAGCUGGACGACAGUACGGCUGCACUUCAGGCGCUGAUCGCGACACAUAGCAUUCCACUUUAUGCACGAAACCCUUCGAUUACGGCAUUGGUGACUACGAUUGGAACACAUGUGCAGGGUCUAGCCGCCAAUGCUGACAGUCAUGCGUCUGCGCAAGCAGAAUGGGACACUGUUCGGCGCAAGCUCGAGGAAGAUGUACGCGCUGGUUGGGACAAGCGAGAAGCCUUGUCACGAGACAUUGAAGAGGCCAGGAGAGAGCGAGAAGAGGCACGGAACGAGUUGAGGGCAAUGGAAUUGCGUGUCAAGACUGAUGUGCCGUCACUAUCGCCCCCGGCCCAAGUGGAGACUGCGGACAACAAAGAAAUCAUAGCUUUGCUGCAGCCCAUUUGGGCUAUCCUUCCAUCUCCUGAGGCACGGGCAGCUAAAUUUUCCCAACAACGUGCUUUCCGGGCUGGCUCCGGGCCAACGUCGCCGACGAAUAGUUCUCCGAACAGCCCAAAUCCUCCGGGAUCCCUUUCGGAGCUGGACGUACGGGCUCUGAAAUCAUUGUAUGAUCCGCGAGCACCGCCGAGUCCAAACCCUUCCGUAGGAGGCACAUUCACUUUUGUAGCAUUCGCCGCGCGAGUGCAGGCUCUCAUUGCGGACGACCGAUCUUUGAUCGAGAGACUCAUCCGAUUCGCGCAGGCACAUGAUCUGUUGAAGAAGAACGCAGAGCGCGCCCAGAAACUUGCGCAAGAGGGCAAUCUUGCCUUGGAGACGUACCAGAAACAGGUCCGCACACUCGAGGAGCGCAAUAUGGAUUUGACUACCAAAGUUUCCGCCUUGCAAAGUGAAGUCACCGAGUUGGAGAACAACGUCGAGCGGGUCUUGAGCGAGAAGCGGGAUGUGGAAGCGAGUGCAGCUGAUCAGGCAGCCACUUGCAUCCAAUUGACGGAAGCCAACAAUGCGCUUAGCGCUAAGACCCUUGCUCUCGCUGAGGAGGCUGCAGCUGCACCAGAAGCGGUCCGUCGGCAACUCGAGGGGCAGUUGACCGAGGUGCGAGCUGCCCUGGAAGCAGCUCGAACGGAGGUCGAUGCUGUGAGGAAUGCGGGGUCCGGCCAGCAGAUGGCUCUGAUGGAAGAGCUCAACAAUCUGCAGAUGGAGAACGACAAACUGCGUGACCAGGUACGGUCGAUCAAGAAGUAGCCGUGAUUAGUCGCGAAUGCCAGUGUUUAUCUGUGCAUUGCUAUCCUAGCACUUUAAUAUCAUACUUCGUCUGGAAUGUGAGCAUUCGGAUGAGUACUAGCAGUCUUUUUCUUUCCAACGGAUCAAACAGACACGGCAAGGAGCGGGGAUAUUCUAUUAGACUGAAGGUCGUGUAUUACAAGAAUAAAUGAUGGCAUGGCAUCUAAUUUUGGGCCUGUGCCUCAGCCAGGCAGCGAGAACACUCGCAGGGGAACUUCCAUCCCCGGGCAAUCUCUUUCCUCCGCCGCAGACGGCAGUCGCUGGCGCUUUCGUCCGCCUUCUGAGUGACAUCGACAUACGCAACGCUGAGCACAUCGCCCUUCUUGAGGUCUUUGGCUGCGACUAAGUGCAGCUCGGACGUUCCGUUCGGGAACGUGGCUCGCGCGUUGGGCUCACAGGAGUGCGGCAAGUACGUCGAUAUCGAGUAGAGUGCUGUGCCAGUCUGACGCUCUGUGCCAGCUGCCGUGCGCGUGAUCUCGGUGUUUUCGGGCCGAUGCGUCGACGCCGG